AUGGCAUGGGAUGGCUACAAUCGCGUGUACUUCACGACGUCCAUGGCUGUCCUUGUGGCGUCGUUUCAAUAUCGACACUACCGUGACAUGUUUCUGCUAGAAGGCUACGCUGGCUUGGCUACAGCGCUGAAUCCGUGCUUGAUUGAGCACGGAUUGACGCGGCUGCCACGGUUGUUCGACUGCCUGGAGGACUUGCACGCCAUCAUGCUCCUUCAUGGUGCGUACUCAGGUCGCGUGGACGUCGUAGAAGUUGCGAUUCGUGUCCGCGGAGUGUCUACUGCCAUGACGAUGUUGAUGAUCGACUUGGCUGCGUGGAACAACCAACGCCUGGUCCUUUCCAGCAGCAUCCGCAUACCACUGGGUCGCGGCUGA